AAAAGGAUGCAGGAAAUUCUGUUGUUUACACAUGUGUCUGUUACACUGAGAAGCAAGAGAAGCCCAGCAAACUGAGAGGGAGUGAAAUUAAGUGAUGAAUCAAAACAUGAAUUUAGACUCCACUCAGAAACAAAUGGAAGAGAUAGAGGUUUUUGGGACCCAACCAACAGAACCUGAUAAAUUAGAUAGAUGUUGGCAACCAGGUGACCAUCUCUGUCAUUCAAAUAUUCCAUCUCAAAGUUUCUAUCCAAAUUCACUUCAUUAUGCACAUAUGCAUGCAAGUUACAGCAGUGAUUGGGAAAUUUUUGAAGCAGUAAAAAUUCAGGAACUGGAGGAAGUCAAAGCCAGAGCUGCCCAAAUGGAGAAGACCAUGCGCUGGUGGUCAGAUUGCACCGCCAACUGGAGGGAGAAAUGGAGCAAAGUUAGAGGAGAAAGAAAUAAAGCACGAGAGGAAGCAAGACAAUUGAGAAUCAAAUUAGACAGUAUGAUAAAAGAGCUAAGUGUGCUUAAGAAAAUAAAUCAGGACUUAGUAACUGAGAAAGAAAAUGGAACUGCUUGGAAAACGGAAUGCCAUUGCUCAGAAAUAUCCUGUAUUAAAAAGGACCAAAACCUGUUAAUGUUUCUGGAACCAGAACCUACAAAAGACCUAAACAAAAUCAUCAAAAUUCCUGGGGCAGAAGACACAAAGAAGGAUGUAAAGAAAGACCAAAACAAUGACAAUAAAAAAUUCAGUCCAAAGCCUCCUGAUUUCUUCCCCAGUGGACUUCCCAGCAUCUAUUUGGAGGAGUCUAAAAUAAGUUUGGACACUACAGCUAAGACAAGAGAGAAUGAUUUAAUACAUGUAUCAGUCUUAAAUUUGCAUUUGGCUGAGAUGAGAAAAAUCUUACAGAAGGAAAGAGAAAUGAAUGUAUUUCUGGAGAGAGAAAUGGAAAAGAUGGAAAAUGAAUUAUUUCUUUGGAAAUGGAAAUAUGAAGAACUGAGACAAAUCAAGCUGGAAAGUCUGAAACAGGGUAAAGAGGUGGAAGAAAGUGAACACGGGAUUUGGGACCAGACAAAGUUCCUUGUUUGUUGUUGGAGAUUCUACCACGACAGUGAGUGAAGAUAUGGGAGAUCACCAAAAAGCCCUGCAGCAACAAGGCUAACAGCAAAGAGGAGAAGCAAACAUUGUUCAUAAAAACACACUAGAAAAUUUCAUUGAAGGUCAUGUCAGAUAGACACAGGAAUACUGUAUGCAUUGUUUCUGUGUAUUCCUGAUUUUUAUAAGAACCAAGGAAAAUAUGUUAGAGUCAGGGUGCACCUAUUUAGAAGUUAUGUUGGCUAUUGUCAUUCCUUUCCAGUUGUUCUAAAUGUUCUCUUCUAAAGCAAAAGGUGGACUUUAAUUAAAUUGUCCCAUAUUUUACCUUGGGAAAAAGGACUUUAGAAUGUGCAUGGUAUAUGACUGAGGUUCACACUCUGCCCUGGGAAAGUAUUGAAUCUGAAAUGGAAGUCAGUGGUUUGUUUCUUGUUUUGCUGGUGUGUUUUAUUUUCAGUAAAGUUCAGUAAAAGCGGUGAAAAAAAUAUCUGUAUCACAGGACCCCCUGUUCUACCAGGGUGACAGGUGUAUUACAUUUUCUUUCAUUAAAAAAAAAAAAAGAUGAAGAAUUUUUUUUUAAAAAAAAACCAAAUAGUAUCACAUACACAUUUAGAUCAAAGAAAUAUCCUUUCCUUAUGUGCUUCUUAUACUCAUCAUAUAAUUAAAAUAAUGUAUCUCACAUUUACCUUAUUGUCUACAUAUCAAAUUUUUAUUUAAAUUUUACUUUACUAAUUGUCUAGGUAAAAAAUUGCAAAUGUCAUGUCGGAAAUAAAUAUGUUAAGAUAAACUGGAAAAGGAGAUUUUGAGAACUUUAGAAAAUUCACGACUUAUAAAAAUGUCAGUAACUUUCAGCCAUCAAGUGAGAUAUAAAUUAUAAUUUUGUUUGCCAUGUGCAAUUGAUAAUGAGUAUGUGCAGAUUCUGUUUCAAAAGGAUUGCUGUAAUUGCUCAGCAAUGUUUGUUUCAUUCCUUAUAACCCUAUAAAUUGAACACUUACCUGAGGGCUCCAGUUGUAUUUAAAUCUAUGUCCUUUCUAAGACAGAAUUGUGAGAUCUCUUGAUUUCUUUUGCAACCUAGGACCAUAAAAAAAGUGAAAAGUAUAAAAGAUUAUUGAUUACAUUGGAAUCACAUUUUUCCCAGGAAUUGUCUGAGCUGAAGACACUUGGAAGCUGGGAACAAAAUGUUCUUCUGACCCUCUCUGAGCUUUGGGCUGCUGCUGGACAUGGGGUGCUAGAGCAGAAGUAUCUGUGCUUUGCCUACCUUUAUACAUUCUUAACCCUCUUUCGUGUUUGUAAUGUUGAACUAAUCCCAGACAUUACCCCUCAGGACACACUAAGGGAUUUACAGUGAGGGAAUUUUGUCUUUGUUGCCAAUAGAUGAUUCACAAAUUCAUCAACAAGGUACAGAGAUACUGUGAGAGAAUUUAUUUUUAAAUGGAGUUUCAACAUGUAAAACUUAUAAUAAUUGACAAUAAGAAUCAUAAUUCUUUUCUCCGUAAUUCAAACUUCUUCCCUUUAUUAGCUCACUGGUUCAAGGUUUUGUAUUAGACAAAAGAUCUCUGGUCUUGUUCCAUGUGUAAUGACACACUGACUUUGUCUAAAACUCUGCUUUUCUUAUGCCAGCGUCUUCAAGACGCCACAGUGUGUGAAAUGGCUGCAUUGAAAAUGUUGAUGUGCACAAUAGAAAUGGAAAGUGCAUAAUCAUUGAUUUUCAAGUGCUGUAACAGCCAAAUGUACUUCUAUGGUUACACUGAAGCACUUGAAAAUUUGGCAACACAACAGCUUACUGAUAAAAGCUUGUAUCAUUCAGAUAAGCUUUAGAGAUAAAAUCUUUCUCCUUUUUUUCCCUCUGACAAGCCAAAAUGGUUGCAAAUAUAGUUCUUUUAGAGAUAAAGCAUGGUUUCAGCACUGGCCAAAAUACCUAUAAGAUCCAGAGUAUCUUUUCAGACCACACUAAUAACUGUGGCUAAAAAUCAAGUCAAAUGAUAUUAAGAAUUACUGGGGAAAUUGGGAUUCUGUCUUUCUUGUCUCUAUUUCCAAAUCUGUAGGAAAAACAAAUAACAUUUAAUUGGUGCUGGAGAACAUUUCUGUGCUAACUGCUUGGUAGUGUAACAUGGAUACUGAGGGAAAUCAAAUCAGAAGCUAGUUUCUGCUGCUCUAACUCUACUACAAACCGUUUCACAUGUGACCACUGUAUUAUACUACCUAGCAGGUGGGAUGCACCUGGCUGGUCUAAAAGUCAUGGUGACAAUAAAAUGUCAUGAUGCUAGUUUUAAAAUUUAUAUUUCAGAAUGUCAGUACAGUAUCCUUUCUCAUGAGGAAAUUUUAGUUUCUUUUGGGGUAGUUAAUACCGACAUUUUUCCCACACAUAUCUUUCUGAUCACUUAUUGAUCAUAUUUUACCUUCAGGCACCUUCUGAACAGCAAUUUUAAAGUUUUCUUUCUUGCCUCUUAUAGAUCACACAUAAUGCCUUAAAUUUUCAUAAUUUCUCCCUUUUCCCUGAGACAGAGAAAACUCAGCUACUUCCAUUAUCUAAAUAAAAUAUUUAUUUCAUCUUUACAUACACAGAGAACUUCAGAGGCCUCUCUGAAGAAGUAAGCCCAUAAAUUAGUCACUUGAAAAUGAGUCAAAAUAAGAUGAUGCAUCAUUACCCUGGCUGCAGUUGAGAAUGUUUGAGAAUGCUAAUUUACAACCUUUGCAUAAUAAUACUGGAAUGUUUCCUGAUCUUAAAUAUUCACCUAUGAUAUUUGCUAUAUGCCAAGGUUUCCACUUAUUCCUCUUCACAAUUUAUAUGUGGGAAGUGAAGAUACGCAGAUUUGUGCAGAAAUGAUUUUCUCAAAGUCACCAAGCGUAACUAUGGGAAAGCCAAGAAAAUGAACCUUAAAUCUGGUUGCAAACAAUUGAGCUGGAUUUCUUUAUCUUUUGAGGUGAGUGGUACCUAAAACAGUGGUUUGCCACUAGAAAAAAUAGUCUUUCCUAUUUUCCUUUUUAAGAUAAUAAAUAGCAUGAACCUUUUAUGUGGAUCAAUUUUACAAACUGGUUGUAAACACAAUGAUAGAAAGACAUGAAAAUAAUUUUCACAAUGCUCAAUUAAACCUUGUUUAAUACUAUAAAUGUGCAUUAUUUAAUAUUGUUACGUGUGCAGAAGGAUAGGAAAGAAUGAUUUACAUGGUGUUUUGGUCCUGUCCUAGUUGACAUGGAAACAGUGGGGAGUGCUGUGUUUGGAAUAAAAUAAACUAAAAUAGCUCAACUGGAAGAGACCUACAAUGACCAUCUACUCCAACUGCCUGACCACUUCAGAGCUGACCAAAAGCUAAAGCAUGUCAUCAAGGGUAUUUUCUAAAUGCUUCUUAAACACUGACAGUCUCAAGGCAUUGAUCACCUCUCUAGGAAGUCUGUUCCAGUGUUUCACCACACUGCCAGUUUAAGAAAUGCUUCCCAAUAUCCAGUCUAAACCUCCCUUGGCACAGCUUUGAAUCACUGUUAUGCAUGCUGUCACAGAACACUGGGAAGAAGGGUUCAGCACUUUCCUCUCCACUUUUCCUCCUCAGGAAGCUGCAGAGAACAAUGAGGCUGCCCCUCAACCUCUUUUUCUCCAAACUAGACAAACCUCAAAUCCCUAGUUGCUCCUCCAAGGACAUUCCCUCCAGCCUUUUCACCUGUUUUUUCAUCCUUCUCUGGAUUCAUUCAAGGACGUUUAUAUGAACAGAGGAGGACAAUCUCUUCAUUUGACUGGCUGAUUACACUGUUUCAGGCAUCCCAGGAUGGGAUUUGGCCUCAGGACUUCCAGGGCACUCUGCUGACUCACACUGAGCCUGCUGCAGACCAGCACCUCCAGCUUCCUUUCUUCAAGACUGCUCUCCAGUAAUUCCUCUCCCAGUUUAUUACUGUCCCCAAAAUUAUUCCAACCUAGGAGCAGAAAAUAUGGUUUUUGUUCUUUUUAAAUUUCACCCUAUUAAUCAUUACCUAAUGUUCCAAUCUAUCCCUCGACAAGGUAUCCUAUGCCUCAAAAGAGUCAACAGCAGCUCCCAGCUUGGUAUCUUUAGCAAACCUGCUAAUAGUGUAUUCAGCUCCUGCAUCCAGAGAGUUACUAAAUAUAUUGAUGUAUUAUUGAUAAAUAUAUUGAACAGAACUGGCCCUAAAAUUGAACCCUGAGGAACACUACUGAUGGUCAGUUGCCAGACAGAUGUAGCCUCAUUCAGUACAACCCUUUAAGUCCUUCACCCAGCAGACCCUAAAAACACUCAUCCCACAGUUGGACAACCCAUCCAGAAGGAUACUGUGAGGCACAGUAUCAACAAAUACUUAGUAAAACCGAGAAAAACUACUUCUACCACCUUCCCUCCACACACAGGCAGACAGCUUUAUUGUAGGAAGCUAUCAAAUUAGUUGCACAGGAC